UGGGACUUUUACCAAGAUCGCGCAACAAUUUUGAAUGAUGGAGAGUUGGUGUCAUUGUCUGGCACUUUGGUUCCACCAGGUCACACAUGGCCUUACAUGGAGGCCAAGCUUGUCCUCCGUCGCGCAAAGGGUUCAUUUAUGCCAAAACAAGAGUUGAAGCCAAGCGCCUACGUUCCAUACGGCCCAGUUGACCCACAACUCUGGACCUACUACACACUCGAGUCAUCCACCAUUGAGUGCUUUGGAGGUGAGAUCGAUGGAAUGACCAUCGAACUAUCUGAACAUAUGGACAUGCCCAUGCAAGUUGGCAUUGGUGCCAGCGGAAAGAACGUUGUCAAUGGAUUGUCGUCAUGGUACAACUUCAAGUUCAUGAAGAAUGGUCAGGUCGUCUACACUUCGGACCAGGUCGUCGAUAUCAACGUGGACAUUGACUGCUCAGAUUGUGAAUAUGACCGCUACCACGCCAAGGCUGCUGCAGCUCAAUCAAUCUGGAUCAAUGCCGAAGACUUGACUCCAUUCGGUGGCUACAACUCCUGGGACUUCAUUGACAACAGGGGUGAGGUUUCACUCAACCCAGACUACUCAAUCACUGUCUCUGGCAUCUUUGGAUCAACUACCAACGACACAAUCCCCAUCAUGAACUGCAACUUUGAGUUCAUCCCAGACAUUCAAACAUUCCGUUCAAUGAAGUUGGAGUUGGCCGAGCAGGUCUACUUCCCCACUGGCCCAGUUGAUGUUGGCACCUGGUUCUACUACCGUGUCAACCCAGCCAAGUCCAGCUGCAUCAUGUACAAUGGAUACUUGGUGACAAUCGUCGAUGACAAGAACAUGCCAGCUCAAGUUGGCUAUGGUGCCAAUGGUAAGAACCAGAACUUUGGUCUCUCAGUUUGGAUGAAUGUUAUGGAUAUCAACAUUGACAUGGAGUGCAUCAACAUCCCACCUCCCACCAUCCCACCAACUCAACCACCCACAGCUCCACCAACUACUCCACCAACUCAGCCACCCACAGCUCCACCAACAGCUCCACCAACUCAGCCACCAACUCAGCCACCAA